AUGUUUCAUAAACAAAGAACACAACUUAAUAAUGUUGUGAAAGCUAGUUUUAUAGUUAGCUCAAAAUUGGCAAAGGCAUUAAAACCAUUUGCCGAAAGAGAAUUUAUCAAGGAGUGUAUGUUAGAAGUUUGCGGUGUUUUGUGUCCUGAAAAGAAAAAUGAAUUUGAAAAAAUUACUUUGUCAAGACGAACUGUUGUUCGACGUAUAGAAAUGAUGGCUACGAUGGCUAAUGAUAUAAAAACAACAUUGACUGACCGUAUGGCUGGUUUUGAAUCAUUUUCCAUAGCAUUAGACGAGAGCACCGAUUUGUCUGACACAGCUCAACUGGCUAUAUUUAUUCGAGGUAUUGAUAAGGAGUUCACUGUUACUGAGGAAUUGCUAGCUUUACAGCCGCUAAAAGCAACCACUACAGAAAAGGAUAUUUUUAAUGAAGUUCAAAAGGUAUUCACAAGUUUUGGCCAGCCAUGGUCAAAAUUAAUUGGAGUAUGCACUGAUGGUGCACCUUCUGUGGUCGGCUUACGAAAACGUUUCAUCGGAAUUUUGACUGAAAAAGCAACAGAAUUAAGUGUGCAAAAAGAUGAUUUGAUAGUCCUUCAUUGCAUUAUCCACCAACAGAAUUUGUGUUCUAAGUCCAUUCGACUCCACAAUGUUAUGAAUGUGGUAGUAAAAACCAUCAAUUUUAUUCGAUCCCGAGGGCUUAACCAUCGUCAGCUCAAGACGUUUUUGGAUGAAAUUUCAGCUGAAUAUAACGACGUAACAUAUUAUUGUGAAGUCAGAUGGAUGAGCAAAGCAAAAAUGUUGAAACGGAUUUACGAGCUUAGAAAUGAGAUAGCAGACUUUAUGAAAAUAAAAGAUAAGCCACUAUCUGAAUUGAGUGACCCAAAAUGGAUAUUUCUGGUCGAACUUACAGGCUAUUUGAAUGAUUUAAAUUUGAAACUUCAAAAACAAGGACAGUUAGUAAAUGAUUUGUACAGCCAUUUGAAAGCGUUUCAGAUCAAACUACGUUUGUGGGAGUCACAGAUGCAGUCUGGUAACAGUUACCAUUUCAACACGCUCUCUGCGUAUGAAAAUAUUGCUUAUGCUCAAUAUGCUGAAGAACUCAAGUUACUGUCGGAACAAUUUUCGAAUAGAUUUAGCGACUUCAAAAACAUGAAAGAAUGUUUCAAUUUAUUUGCUACUCCUUCAAAAUGUAAUGAACAAAAUGCUCCAAUACACUUACAAAUGGAGUUAAUCGAGAUUUAA